ACUCCUGUCAAAAAUUGACGUGACUCAGUGAGUGACGUUUCGUGACAUACCCAACCUAAACAUGGCGACCGACGGCGAAGAAAUUCCUGAUCAGGAAAAAGUGCGAAUAGUUUCUGAUUUUAUCCUUCGUUCGCCCCCCGGCGAGUUUAAUGAAGUGUUCAACGAUGUCCGGAAGCUCCUGGACGACGACGACCUGCUCAAAGAGGGGGCCAGCGGGGCCUUCGCCCAGUACAACAAAGAUCAGCUCACGCCAGUGAGGAUAGAUAACGCCGAUCAUUUAGUUUUGAUCACCGAAUACAACGAUUUAGGCAAUAACAGAUUUUUUGAUUCCCGUUCCAAACAAAGCUUUCGGUACGACCAUUUAAGAAAAGAGGCUUCAGACUAUCAACCUUUCACGCCUGACGCAACAGCAGAGCCCUGGAGAUCGGCACUUGACGCGGAAUUUAUUCAGUACACGCGUAAUCACUAUAAAGACGGAGUCAGUUUGGUGGUAGGCCGUAGUGAGGGAAACACGAUAACUUUAGCUGCCUGUAUUGAGGACCAUCAGUUCCAACCUAAGAAUUUCUGGAAUGGUAGAUGGCGUAGUCAAUGGUAUAUUUCACUAAAUGGUACCUCUACAGCUGAGUUAAGGGGCGUUUUAAAGGUGCAGGUGCACUAUUACGAAGAGGGUAACGUCCAGCUAGUUAGUACUAAGGAAAUUAAGGAAACUAUAACUGUUUCCUCGGAAACGCAGACUGCAAAGGAAAUUGUGUGGGCUAUUGAGAAUGCGGAGGACUCCUAUCAAACUGCUAUUUCGGUGAAUUAUCAGAAUAUGUCUGAUACCACGUUUAAGGCUCUCAGAAGGUUACUUCCGGUGACCCGUACCAAAAUCGAUUGGAGCAAAAUCGUAUCUUACAGUAUUGGAAAGGAACUAAAGACGCAAUGAUCAAACUAGGGUAAAAACUAAUCUAAUAUAAGGUAAUGGAAUGCGUAAAGACAGAAAAUCUAAAGGAUUUUGUUGGAUUUUGCAAAAAGUAACUACUAUGCCCCAAAAAAUAAUAUAAAUUAUGUUUUUUCUUUGUUAUAUUGCUAUAGGUAUAUCAUUCGCUCUUAGUAGAUGAAUAAAAGAACUAUAAAAAACACUCUGUAGAUAAGGAAAAGUUUAAAGAAGCGUAAGCUUAUUGGUGCGGAAAUUGUUUAAUUUAUAAUUAUGCAUUUACCAUAAAGAUGUGUCAAUUUUUUAUAUACAUAUAUCAAUGCCACAAAAAUGUGCAAUACGCAGUUUUUUUGGUCCUUUAUUUAUAUUAUACCAUGCUUUUCGAGGUAAAAAAAUCUAUGCUAGUAUAUAAUUUUUAUAUAUUAAUCCAAAAAUCUAACUUGAUUUUAGAGAAUUUGUUUUUAAUACCUGGUAUAUCAUUCACCACAGUAUUUAAUAUCAUACAAAUAUUCAUUUAAAAAAAUAAAUUCUUUAAAAUCAGUCGGGUUGAAUGAAUUUUCUUUAUAACAAAGUCUUUUUUAUUUUAUUUUAUUAUAAGAGGUAUUAUUAAUUAUCCUUUUUUUAUAUAUCUUUGUUACAUUUAAAUGUUGUAAAACUAUGAUAAGCCCGAUUUUUACCAUCGUCUUUCAACGAAUGAUACAUAAUAAAUUAAAUACCGUAAGAUCGAAAAAAAACGGAUGUCACGGCAGCCGUUGAAAUAAUAUAACCUCUGACUUUUUUUGUUGGGCCAACAUCUAUGUUAUGAUUUUAUUAAAAAUUGAAUACUAUUAAUUUUAAGACGAGUUUUUAUUGAAUAACUAUACAGAAAACGGAGGAUCGAUCAUUUCGAAGGUUGCUACGACACCGUUUUUUUUUUCGACGAUUCGGUACGAUUAUUGGAGACGGUGGCAAAGGUCAGUCUUUAAAAACACUAAUAGGAAAAAUAAUAUAAUUUCACUGUGGACGGUGAAUUAUAUGAUUGAAAUAAAAUAUAGUUCAUCUUGUUGAUGUGACAUUAGUAUGGGUUAUUUUUAAAUAAAAAAGUUUUAAAAGUCA